GCAAGAUUAGCAAUCAACGCUAUCUUUUGUUUUAGUUAAGAAAAAGUAGUAAAAUGUUAUCUUUGAAUGUAACCUUAUCAUGUGAGUUUUCCUUCUUUGGGCUCAGUUUCUCUCUCGCGAAAAGGAAUCUUUCUUUUGUGAGUGGAGCUUUGGUUUUAACACCGGUGACUCAUAACUCACCGCCUCGCUUAAAAAACACUUUUUCAGAUCAAUCUUCAAGUUUUUUAGGGUUUGUUCAUAAAAUCCAAGCGGCGGAGAAUUAUAAUCUCAAUAAUCAAGCUAAUAAGCUAAUAUUCAAGAUGUCGUUUGCCAUGGAUAAAGCGAUGAUGGAACUAUCUCUUGAUGAGGUAGAUGAGCCGUUCUGUAUGCCGGAUUUACCGCAAUUCAAGUCGUGUGAAAGAAACUCAAGGAGUUUAAUUGGAAGAAUCUUGAAUCCGGAGUGCCAGAAGAUGUCUAAUCUGAUUCUGAAUAUGCCCCGAAAGUGGCAGAAGAGUGGGAAAGUAAGAGGUGUGGCUUUAUCGAAGGAGCGGUUCCAGUUUAUCUUUAAUCAUGAACAUGAUCUGGAUGAAAUUCUGGAGAAAGGUGUUCAUACCUUUAACGACUGGACGCUAGCUAUUGACCGUUGGAUGAAAAAGCCCCCACCUGAUUAUCUCCAAUUUAUCCCUAUCUGGGUUCAGAUACGAAACAUCCCGAUCAAUUACUAUACUGAAGAAGUGAUUACUGCCUUAGGAGAUAUUGUCGGGAAGACAAUAGAAGUGGCCUUUGAUCCAGAAAAGCCUCAGUGUCAAGAGUAUGUAAGAGUCUUGGUUCGGUUUGAUGUCUCAAGACCACUGAGGAAGACUAAAGUUGUGAUUCUCCCUGAAGGAGGUUCUUCUAUUGUUUACUACAACUAUGAGCGAAUUCAGAAGAGGUGCUAUGAGUGUCAACGUCUUAACCAUGAAAAAGACAAGUGCCCAAUCUUAGUGAGAAAGAGGCAAGGUUUGGCUGCGGAGAGAAGGCAGAGGAUUCUUGAGGAAAAGGAAGCAGCUGUGAAGUUUUUUGCAAAUGAUGAUCCUCUGUUUGGCGUUUUAAGAGAGGAUCAUGUUGAGAUUUGCAAAGAGACGGGAAGAAGGAAGAUAGCUCCAGAGGUCUUAGAUGAGAUGAGAAGAUAUCUGAUGAUGACCAAUGGUGAAGACAAGUCUAUUCAAAUUGAUAGGAUUCGAACUUCAGUGGCUGAUGCUGAAAAGGAUCCUAUCAAGCAGAAGACGGUGCUGAGGCUUGAACCAAUGCUGACAUUCACCAAGGAUAUUGAUAAAGGGAAAGGUGUGGUGUUUGAUUUUGAUCUAAAUAUAGAAGGCCACACUAAAGAUAUGGAUGGAGGUUCGAAAGAAAAACUGAUGGGGUCAGCCAUUAAAGCACAAAACAUGGCCUUACCUAUGGAUCAGUCAGAGGAGAGGGACCUAAGGGAAGUGCUGAAUAGAAGUAGAUUGGAAAGACCAGCCUCAACUUUGUCUACUCCUGAGAUGGUUAAGGUAGUGAGGGACAAUGAGAUCAAAUAUGGUUCGCUGAGUCUUGGUGGCAACUCUACGGAAUAUUGUUCUAGUUCUUCUAUGAUUAGACCAUCCGGAGUUGCUCAGAAGACUAGUAAGCCAAGAAGAAGACCUUAUACCAAGAAAAGACAGGAGCAGCAGAAAGACUCAUCAAAUAUUCUACAGGACCUGUAUGGGCGUGAAUUAAGGAAUGAAAGGAGUGGUAGCAAGAGGAAGGUAACAGGGGAGGACUUCUCGAAAGAAAAAAUCGCAAGGCGUGAAGAAUAAAGGGUGAUCCCGCAUGAGGGAUCACCGGAAGCUUAAUGAGCAUAGUCAGCUGGAAUUGUCAGGGAUUGGGUCUCCCUCAAGACCUGAAAAUUCGUCGCCUUGGGGAAUUGCGUAAAAAACAUUUUCCUGAGGUGUUGUUUUUGAUGGAGACUAUGAAGUGUAGAAAUAUAUUAGUAGACUUGCAGGUUUGGUUAGGGUAUGAGCGGGUUUUUACGGUAGAUCAUGUUG